AUGACGGACGCCAGAAAAGCCGCCGAAGCCAAUAGGAUGAAUGAGUCCUCUAAGAGGCGCCUCAUGAUAGGCCUUCAGGGGAAGAAGAAGAAUCAGCAGGCGGAGGCAGUCCUGGUUCCUUUGACAGGGGUUGAUCUGGAAAAUCAAACCCUUACAGAUCGUCUCCGGCAGCUCAACGCCAAGCCAGUGCCCAGGGGUGCUGCCAAGGCCGUCCCAUCGUCGAGGCGAGGGGAAACUGCCAAGGACUCUGCUUCCAGGGCCGCUGGAAAAAGGCGGAUAACAGUGCAUCUCAACACGGAGCCGGCGUCGAAAAGUGGGCGACAGACGGAGGUGCCGAGGGCUAUCCUUAUUGUCGAAGACGAUGACAGCCCUACCGAUCCCAUCACCAUCGCAUGUUCAUCGAAGACGGUCCAAUUUGCGAACCACAUGAUCCUUGGUUCGCAAAUAUAG